UUUAGUGUUCAAGUGAAUUAUAGUCAUUUAAAAUACUUUACUUAUCAUGGAGUUGGGUUUAUCCAACACGUUAUUAGCAGGUGAUCCACGAUUAGUGGAUCACAUUGUGGGAGAAGUUAAAUCUCAAGGGAUCUUCGAUCAAUUUCGUAAAGAAUGUAUCGCUGAUGUUGAUACAAAGCCAGCAUAUCAAAAUUUACGUACAAGGGUUGAAGGAUCUGUGAAUUCUUUCCUUAGUAAGCAAUCAUGGAAACCAGAUUUAAACAAAAACCAAUUGAGAGAAACAUUACGAAAGCACAUACACGAGGCUCCGUAUUUAGAUGCUGGUGUAGAACGCAUAGUGGAUCAAGUAGUGAAUCCAAAAGUAUAUUCUGUUUUCACAUCUCAAAUUGAAGAUGUAGUAUACAAAUUUUUAGGUAUAGAGAGACCUAAGGCAAAAGAAAAAAAUGGUGUAUGUGGCCUUAAAGAUUUAUUACCUAAGGAUUUAGAUCCUGUUUCACCAGAGUCUGACAAAAAUAGCUUAAAGGAUGUAUCUUUGGAAUCUGUGGAUGCAAUGGAGGAUUUAGAAACAAAGAGAGAUACUUUAUUAGCUAAUGAACAGAAAUUUCAAGAUGAAGAAAUUUCCAAUGAAAAAAGUAGAGAUGAUAUAUCUGAGAAUGGACAAAUUUCUUGUGAGGAGAAAGCAUUAGAUGAAAGUGAUAAACUUUUUAAUAAGACUGGUAGUACUUUAAAUUUAAAUACAUCUGGAAAAUCAGAUGAUAAAACAGAAGAGGAUGAAGAAGAUAGUCCUACUUUUGAACCAAUUGAUAUUAUGAAUCUGAAUGAAUCUAACAUCUCCAAUGAUUCACAUUUAUCAGGAAUAUCAGAAUUAACUAGCCAUAGAUCUAGAAGUCCUGAUUUUUGUAAUGAAUUAUCACGAGACAAUUUUGAUUAUAGUAAUCAAGAUUCACAGCUAAGUAAAGUUUCCUCUGACUCUCGAUUAUCGAUUGUAACUGAUUUUGGAUCAUCAAAUCAUGCAUCAACACCAAUACAUGAUACAUUGAAGGAUGAAAGCCAUAAAGAUAAAUGUGAUGUUAAAAAUAAAGACAAUUUUAAAGCUGUCAGAGACUAUGAAUCUAGUAAAAAUAAAGGUAAUAAAAAUAUUUUUGAAUUAAAUAAAAGUAAAGAUGUGCAAGACAUUAAAGAUUCUAAAAAUAUUAAAAACAAUCUAUCUUCUAAAGAAAACUCGCGUGAUGCUACGGAUAGCAGUAUAAAAAGUAAGUAUGAACAUAAAAAUAACAAAGAUAGAAGCAGGGACAGAGAAACUAAAUCAAAAUCAAAAGAUAAGAAUCUUGUGAAAGAUGGGAAACAGCAUAGGGAUAGAAGUAGUGACAAAAAAAAAGAAAGGAGUCAUAGUAGUUCAAAGUAUGAUAAAUAUGAUAAAAGUAAAUCUAAAGAUAAAAGUGAUCAACCAAAAGAAAAUACAGAUAAAGUUAAAGAUACAGAAAAAGAUAAUUAUACUAAAGCAAAGGAAGAUAAAACAAAAGAAACAGAUAAGAAAGAUAACAUUAGUAAAGAAGGAAAGGAUUUAAAAGAUCUUUACAAGGAAAAAAUUAGGGAACUCAGAGAAAAGAAGGAAUUAACAGAAAAAGAAAAGUUAAAUAAAGAUAUCAAAGAAACAAAAACAAACAAGGAAAAUAAAGAUAAAAAGGAUUCCCCAAAAGACAAGAAACCUUAUAAGAAAGAUCAUAAAGGUUCUUCUAAAAGUUCUUCAUCAACCUCUCAUGAAAUUAAAAUUGUUAAAAUGUCUGAAAAAAUGAUUGAUGGAAAAGAAAAAAGAAGUGAAUCAAAAGACAAGGAUAAAAGCAGAAGAGAUGAAAGACGCAGCUCUAAAGACCACAUCAAAUCCAAAAAUCAUGUCAGUACUAAGUCAGAUUCAACAGAAAGGUUAGACAAACAGGACAUGAAAAAAGUUGUUAAAAAUGAAAGAGAAGAAAGGGUUGAAAAAAUUGAAGUAAAAAAAGAUAUCAAGCCAAAUAGUGAAAAGCUAAAUGGCAAAAAGGACAUAAAAAGUCACACACAGAGUAAAAGCUCAACUCGAAGUGAAAAAUUAGAUAGCAAAAAGGACAGUAAAAAUGAUUCACAAAAUAAAGACAAAAGGCGAAGAGAAGAAAAAAAAUCCAAGAUGAAAGAUGAUCAUUCUAGUUUAAGAAGGAACUCUAAUGAUCGACGUUCUACGGAUAGAGAUGGUUCAAAUGGAUCAAGCAGCAAAAGCUCACAGUCUAGCAGUUCCAGUUCUAACAUUGCAAACAGUAAAUCAAGUGCAUCAACUUACACUAAAGAAACAAAUCAUAUGAGUAAUUCUGGUAGUGAAACGUCUGACAAUAUUGAAGAAGUGCAUACCAGUGAUUUAAAAUUAUCAUUGGAAUCAAAUUAUAAAUUGGACAAAGAAUUACAUACAGAGUACAAAACAGACGACAGUGGUAAUUAUGAAAUGCACAUUAAACAAGAAUCAGAAUUUAAUGAUAUUAAUUUGCCUCUCAAAAAGCGUGCAUUGCUGAGUGAUGAUAAUAGCACUUCAGGAGAAGUGAAGGUGAAAAAGCCAAAAUUUGCAAAGAAUAUACAUGAAGCCAAAAAAUUAAUGAAAAUUAGGAAACAAAUAGAAAAACAGAAACUCAAAGAGAUGAAAAUAGAGAAGAAAUUUACACAAAAAAUAGAGCAACCAGUACAAUCAAAUACUGUAAAUAACGACAAUUUCGAAAGUAUGCCAGAUGAAGAACGUGUUCAAAUAAUAGAAAUACCAGAUGAGGAAUAUGAAGAACCAUAUCCUGAGAAUCAUACUAAUUUAACAUUAGAAGAAAGAUCAAUAAUAAUGUUACAAACAGAAGCUGGUACAAAAGAUUUAUUAGAAACACAUGCCAAUCUAAAAUUAAAAUUGUCAGAUAUGGAAUUAUGUAUAAGGCAAUCGUUAAGUGAAACACUUCCUAAUAAAACAUUAGAAAAAGAAUCUAUUCAAGAAUCAUGUUCUGAUAUUCAAAUAAAACUGUCUGAUAAUAAUACAACUGAAGAAUUACAAACUAGAGAGUCACCCUCUCUUACAAUAGAAAAAAAAGAUAACAUUGUAGUGAAAGUUGAAAAAAUAGAUGAUUCUGUAGAAACAUGUUUUAAAAGAGAAACUCAGCAAGAAGCUGGUAUGUCUAAAUUAGAAGAAAAUGUAACAUCUCAAAAAUCAAACACUUUCAACAUUGAUACUGAUAAAAGUAACAAAGAUGAAACAGAUGAGCAAUUGAAUUUGACAAAUAGUAUACACACAGAUGGUGUAAAUCAUUUAAAUGAUAAUAAAAAUAUAGAAGUACCUACAACAUCAAAAUUUAGGUAUGAUACUCAAGAUACUCAAAGUAAUAGUCUUUCUAAUUUAAGUGAUGAAGACUAUGUGAUAAAUGAUCACAAGGAACAGCAAGAUAUAGAAUCUACAUCAAUGACAACUGAAGAUAAUGAAGAAUGUCGUUAUUUCAAGGCCGAUAAUGAGAAAUCGGAAAAAUUUUCUAGUUUUUUGGAGUCACUGAAAUUAAUAGAAAAUAGCUCCUUAGAGGACAUAAUAGAAAGUUUAGGAGGCCAAGUCGUAUCUUCAGUGCCAAAAGCUAUGGCACCUCCUUUACCAAAACGUAAACAUUCAUCUAGCCCACUAACGGAUAUACUAUUAAAUAAUUCAAAUAAUAAUAAUGAUGGUCAUAAAAAAGCAUUAAAUCUACCUAAUGAAGAGGCAUUAAAUAACAUAAAAAGGAGAAAACUGGUAGCACCUAAAAAGCAAAGGCUUCAACCAAAUAUAUGUGCACCACAAGGUCUUUUAAAUGGAGAAAAUUUUGUUAUGCCUCUAAGUCCAGAAAGUGACGUAUCUGCAACCAGUGAAAAAAUAUCUUCAAAUUUAAUUAAAGAAGAUAAAGGCCGGCAUAGAAGCAGUCAGCGUUAUUCAAGCGAUGACUUGUACAAACCACGUCCAUUAUUUUCAAGUUCUUCUCGCAGAAGUAGGAGAUCUAAUCAGGUAUAGCUAGUAGUUUGUAGUUUCAGGUGUUAAAUUAUGUUUUACUUUGUAUAAUGCAAAAAGAAAUCC